CGCAAGGCUUUCGUCGGUGCACCCAGUAGCUCGAGUCAGACAGUGUCAGAGUCCGGUCAGAGUUGUGGAAAAGCCAAAGGCUGAAAACUCGAUCGAAGUGAUCUUGAGCGCCGUCUGCCACUUUCAAUGGAUCCACAGAAAAUCCCGGCGCACCCUUCGCUCGCGACGGUCGAGCAGAUCAUUCUCAAGGAGAAAAGAGGGAAUUGCGUGCCGAUCUAUGUCGAGUUGCCGGGUGAUCUGCUCACACCGUGUGUAGCAUAUCUUCGGAUCGCGAAAGAUUCAAGGUACAGUUUCCUGCUGGAAUCCGUUGAGAAUGGAGAGAACGUUGCUCGGUACAGCUUCGUGGGCGCAGAUCCACUGAAGGUGAUCAGGACGGGCCCUAAUGAAGAGCUCAAAGGGGACCCUACCGUGGUCCUCCAGAGGGAACUUGCCGUUCACAGAUACGUCAAGAUCCCAGAGGUGCCGACAUUUACAGGUGGUGCCAUAGGAUAUGUCGCUUAUGACUGCGUCCAACACUUUGAGCCGAAGACUACUCGGAGCACUAGAGAUACCCUUGGACUUCCUGAGGCUACCUUCAUGCUCGUCGAUACCCUUUUGAUCUACGACCAUCUUUUCCAAACGGUGAAAGUCGUAUCCCAUGUGUUUUGCCCCGAUAAUGCCGGGACAAUAAACCUCUCAUUCAUUUACAACACCGCUGUUGCCAAAGCUCGGAGGUUGGCCAAGCUUGUACUAUCUUCAGCGACGCCUGAAGUUCCUCAGCCGCCCAUUGUCCUUAAGCAGGAGGCGGUUUCAAACGUCGGACGAGAAGGCUACGAAGGCUUUGUUACGAAACUGAAAGAGCGCAUCGUAGCUGGCGAUAUCAUUCAAGCUGUUCCGUCUCAACGUCUGGCUCGGCCGACUACUUUGCAUCCGUUUAAUGCCUAUCGACAACUGAGACGGAUCAACCCCAGUCCUUACAUGUUCUACCUCGAUUGUGGGGACAUACAGAUUGUUGGCGCGAGUCCAGAGACACUCUGCAAAGUAGAGAAGAACAAGGUCUACAACCAUGCGAUUGCAGGAACUGUCCGGAGAGGAAAGACCGUUGAGGAGGAUGAACGAUUGGGGUCCGAGUUGCUCAACUCUGCCAAGGAUCGAGCAGAACACAUUAUGUUGGUUGACCUUGCCCGCAACGAUGUCAACCGGGUCUGCCAGCCGAAGACAGUUCAAGUCGAUCACCUCAUGCGGCUGGACAAGUUCAGUCACGUCAUUCAUAUGACUUCACAGGUGUCUGGAAUACUUCGUGAAGGCAAGAACCGAUUUGACGCAUUCAGGUCAAUUUUCCCUGCGGGAACGGUUUCAGGCGCUCCCAAGAUCAAGGCUAUCGAGUUGGUUUAUGAGCUCGAGAAUGAUAGACGAGGCGUCUACGCAGGGGCAGUCGGUCGCUUCGACUUUGCAGAAGAUGAGAUGGACGUCUGCAUUGCCAUCCGAACGAUGGUUUUCAAAGAUGGUGUAGCCUACUUACAAGCCGGAGGUGGUAUCGUGUUUGAUAGUGUGGAAGAGGAUGAGUACGUCGAGACCAUUAACAAGCUGCAGGGCAACGUCCGAGCGUUGGAGCAGGCGGAACGGUACUGGUAUGAAAUCCAAAACGCAGGAGCAGCGUAGGAGAAUGAUUAGAUAGUAUCUAGUGUAUGUGUAUAGAUUGUCUUCAUUCUACGGCAACCCUCUCGUAGUCCCUCUGUCUGGCCGCCAUUCUCUCCGCCCGGCGCUGCCUCUUCAAAUCUUCCUCUUUUCGGAGCGCGACGCCCUCACGACCAGCGACACUGAGUACACCUGCAAUCAACUCUGCCGUACGCG